GGCCGGAGAGCGAGUGUGAGGUUGGAUGUUUGAGCUCGGAACGCAGUAGCGCGAAUAUGACGUUCAAAAUGUUUCGUUCGUGCCUCUUACUGCCACUGGGAAUGUUCGCGCUGUCGACGCUUGUACCGGUGUCGACAGAAAGCGGCAGAAAAGAUUUUCUGCUGGUCACAGUUGCAACGAACCAGACGGAGGGAUACCAGAGGUUUAUGAGAUCAGCUACAGUCAAUCAUGUCCCUGUCAAGGUGCUAGGGAUGGGCCAGGCGUGGAAAGGGGGCAACAUGAACUACGCAGGUGGAGGCUUCAAGGUGAACCUGCUGCGGGAGGAGCUCGAAAACCACAAGGACGACCCCGACAAGGUCAUCAUGUUCACUGACAGCUACGACGUGGUGGUGCUGGCAGACCCGGAGCGCAUCCUGGAUCAGUUCGAGCGGACUGGGGCGCGCGUGCUGUUCUCUGCGGAGGGCUUCUGCUGGCCCGACGAGGCCCUGGCCGUGCAGUACCCCACCAUCACCCGCGGCAAGCGCUUCCUCAACUCCGGCGGUUUCAUCGGGUACGCACCAGAGCUGUAUGCCGUGGUGACACAUGCUGCCAUUGCCGAUACGGACGAUGACCAGCUGUUCUACACGCGAGCCUACCUGGACGAGAAGCUACGCACAAAGCUCAAGAUCAAGUUGGACCACAAGUCGGACAUCUUCCAAAACCUCAACGGAGCUGCAGGAGACGUGGAGCUGAGGUUCAAGGGCCACCGGUCGUACCUGCAGAACACGGCGUACAACACGGUGCCGCUGGUGGUGCACGGGAACGGCCGCAGCAAGGUGCUGCUCAACACACUGGGCAACUACCUGGCAGGCGCCUGGCACCCCGAGGAGGGCUGCGUCGCCUGCUGGGACAACACCCUGUCUCUGGAUGGAAAGAAGCCCAAAGCAUACCCCACAGUGAUGGCAGCCAUAUUUGUGGAACAAGCGACGCCUUUCCUGGAGGAAUUCUUCGAAAAAUUUGCUGCGCAGGACUACCCAAAGUCUCGCAUGCACCUCUUCGUCCACAAUGCGGUGGAGUACCAUGCCAAGCUGGUGGAGAACUUCCUUUCAAAGCACGGCAAGGACUACCUCAGCGUGAAGAAGAUCAGCUGGGAGGAUAACUUCCCGGAGCGCAAGGCCAGGAACCUAGCUCUGGACCAUUUUCUGAAGAAGAAGUGUGACAUGUACUUCAACGUCGACGGGGAGGCUCACCUAGACAACCGGCACACACUGCGGCUGCUUGUCGAGCAGAACAGGACAGUGACUGCUCCACUGCUGGUGCGGCCGUACAAGACGUGGUCCAACUUCUGGGGCGCACUCACCUCGGACGGCUUCUAUGCUCGCUCCACAGACUACAUGGACAUCAUCAACAACGACAGGCGGGGCCUGUGGAAUGUGCCGUAUGUGAGUGGCUGCUACCUGGUCAACGGAAGUGUCAUCAGGGACCCCAGCCUGCGGCCCACAUAUGACAGGGGCACCAUGGAUCCUGACAUGGCCUUUUGCAGCAGCCUCAGGGAAAAGGACAUUUUCAUGCACGUGUCAAACCGGCUAGAUUUCGGCCACCUGGUGGACCCGGACACGUUCGACACGUCGAAGACGAACCCGGAGGUCUACCAGAUCUUCGAGAACAGGUGGGACUGGGAGCAGCGUUACAUCCACGCCAACUACACUGAGAACUUCAACCCCAACAACACGGCGCAGCAGCCGUGUCCAGAUGUCUACUGGUUCCCAAUUUUGACACCUCGCUUCUGCAAGGAGUUCAUCGAGAUCAUGGAAGCAUUUGGACAGUGGUCUGAUGGUACCAACCAUGACCCGCGGUUGGAGGGCGGUUACGAGAACGUGCCGACGCGUGACAUCCACAUGAAGCAGGUGGGGCUGGACCCGCAGUGGAUGGAGUUCCUGCGCCUGUACGUGCGGCCGCUGCAGGAGCUCGUCUUCCUGGGAUACAUCCACGACCCACCACGUUCGCUGAUGAACUUUGUCGUCCGCUAUCGGCCGGACGAGCAGCCGUCACUGCGGCCACACCACGACUCCUCGACAUACACCAUCAACGUUGCCCUCAACACACCUAAGGUUGAUUAUGAGGGUGGAGGCUGCCGAUUCAUCCGGUACAACUGCUCGGUGACGAACACGCGCCUCGGCUGGAUGCUGAUGCACCCGGGCCGGCUCACGCACUACCACGAGGGGCUCAAGGUCACCAAGGGCACGCGCUACAUCAUGAUCUCCUUCGUCGACCCCUGAGCGGAGCGCACGAUGGCGAAACACUUGACACUGGUGGACGUCAGUCCUCUGCGCAGAGACUCUUUUACUUGUAUUGUGUUUGGUGCAGCUCUACGUCAUGCAGAAUACAGUGCCGGAUAGAAAAUUCUCGUAAGCCAAAAGUAGAUUAUAAAGGGACAGAACAGCUGGGCUGUACUUACAUUAAGAAGGUGGAAUUCCUUGUAUUGCAGGUAGCCUUAAGUCCCAUUCUCCAUAACAUAUGUAAAAGUAUUAAUACAACUACUCUUUCUUUAUUCAAUUUCUUGCCAUUUGUAGAAUUUCAUUAUUUACUCUAUUACUUAUUUAUUCUCACGUGCUCCAUGGAUACGUACAGUGACGAGGUCACCCCGGAUGUGAAACUUGUCGAGCCUAAACUAUCCAGCUAUUUUACUUCCCUUUUAGAUCCUCUCAAUUGACCAUUAUUAUUGUUAUAAUUAUUAAUAAUAGACAACAGAAUUCUCGUGUGCUCGUUCAUUCACAUGGGCUGAUAGCUGAAGUACGGUUCCUUUCCAAUAGUAUAGUGCCAAACAGUUUAAUGUAAUUUUCAUUCUGCUUUCAUUAUCCCAAUUGUACGGCACUCACACACCGUGCGAGUGGAUAAUAAAUAAGCAACAUUUGUUUAAGUUCCACUUCUUUUACUUGUAUAUGCAAUCCCAGAAAACUAUUCCCUCACUGGAGCACAAAUCACGUGUUCUUCACUAUUUGAACCACUUUUACCUGCAUUCUCUACUUAAAAAUGUCUCGUGUCACAAAUGUUACCUUCUAUUCCCCACUCCUGAGUGAGGUGCUAGUACAAAGGGGUGAUGACAGUUAAAAUGGCUGACCACUCACCCAGAUUUAGGUUUUCCAGUUUCUCUUAAUUGAUUAAGGUGAAUGACAGGAUGUUUCCUUUGAAAAGGGUGUGGCCAGUUUCCUUCCCUCAUAUUUUCUCCAAUUUGAGCUCACGUUUAAUCUCCAAUUAAUCUCGUCAUUGGUGGUAUGCUCGAGCCUAACCCCCAUUUAUUCUUCAGCUUUCCCCCUACUUCUUAAUUGUACUUUGCAUUUCACAUGAGAUUCUGUUCCUCUUAGUCCAAAUUCACUCCUCACUCUGUCCUCUCACUUCCAAAGCCGGUGUGUGCCUAUAUUUGACCUCCUACCCUCCAUCUCGACCUGGCGUCUUGAUCUUCUCUGCUUUCUAAUCCGCCACUCCUUCCUCCCAGUGGAAGAAACUAACAGUUUAGGGAACCGUAUAAUUUUUCCUACUUUUAAACAAGCCUGUUGGAAGUACUUGGAAUUCACCAUUCCUGAUAGUAAGUGCAAUCCAGUCAAUCUACCUCCUUGUAAUUUUACAGGAUACAUAUUAGCGGGACAGUCUGACCCUUCAUGUACUUUUCCUCAUUUUGGGGGACAGGGAGUGGUUAAUUUUGUACCUGUAGAAGCUACCAGACAGUGUGGGGAAUGUACUACAAAGAUUGAAACUGUUCUCAGUAAAUGGCUGAAAUUUUGACACCAGCCUUUGAAUUGACUAUUACUGAUAUGGGGGAGGUGGGGUGAAGUGACCACACUACGAGCAAUUGUAUUUUCACCGAACUGUGGCUAUCGUAGAAGCUUGCAGUUUAGACAUUUUGAAUCUAGAUUCUGUGAGGCAUCAUAUCUUAAGUGAAAAAGAAAAUAAUAUAUGGAACUGUAUACGGAUAUUUUGUUAGGGCUUAUAUAGUGAUCACUUUUUCCUGUCUUAGGAGAUAAUACGACCAGUGCCAUCACAACAGGAUCCCACAUUUCUUGUUCCAUUUUUCUGACAUAUUUUCCAGGCAUCUUGGUGCCCUUGUAUCUGAAAGAAUACUGUGCAGCUGCAGCACAUUGUUUUUAAUUGGAUUUUUGUAUUAGACCAAAAACAAUGGUACAGAGAAGGUAUUAAAUAUAAUAAAUUAAUUAAUUCAAAAUUGUUACAAAGGGGUAGAAUGACAGAUGAUAGCUUUUUGUAUAAAAGAUCAAGAAGUUAUGUAGUAUCAUGUGUGCUGUAUAGAAGUAACCAAGUCUUACUGGGGUAAACACUUUUCCCGAUCAGUUGCCAUGUCGGCAUUAGUGGUUCACAAGUGAAACUGCCAGACUGAAAGAAGCAACAAGGAAUUACAUUUGUGGGCCAAAAGUCAUUGUUUAAACAUUGUUAUUUUAAAAAGGCAUUAUGCUACGUACAGUUGAGAUAACAGGAAUUAUAUAAACGACAUACCUUAAAUCAGAUGACACAAAAUCAGAAAAGCUUUUAUUAAAAAAUAACAGAUCAAACUUCUCUGUCCAACUCACUGAAGACAAUGAUGGUGUCUGUUAGAACCAGUCUGACAACUUGUAUCAGCAGCAUUGUUUAGGGCAAAAGGUACACAGUAGUUGCUUCUCCUGCCCUGUCCUCUUCAUCCCACCUCCUCUCAAAUGUCGUAACUAGAACUGAAUGUUACAUCAUAAUAUUGGCAAUUAGCUAGGCAGGCAGUUUUGUGGUUACCACACACUGCAACCGAUAUUUCAGGAAGAAUCUUCUAUAAGGCACACCAAGCACCCAACUAUUCCGGUUAAUGCAGAUCCAAGUCUGUACCGAUGACUGGAGAACACAGAUUAUCCAAAAUAUGGAUGUUUUUACUGGAAACUGCUCUUUGCUGUAUUUCCAAAACAUGCUCGUGUUACAUUUGAAAGCCCACUGCAUUACUCACUGGAAGCUGAAACUCAUUCACGAAAUUAUUCUUAAAACACUAAUGUAACUGGAUAGAUAAAGAAACUUCACACCAGGUAGUGGAAGGAGAACUCACAUAUAAAAGUUAUUAUGUAUGCAAGCUUUUGGAGCCAGUGGCUCUUUCUUCUGGCAGAAGGGGGUGAAGGCAAACGAAUGGUGACAUUUAGGAAAAGGGUAAAGAGUUUGGAAAAGUCACCCAGAACCCCAGGUCAAGGGAGACUUCGUGGAUGGGAUAAGGGAAAGACUGAUUGUUGAGGACUGCACCAGAUGGGAUAUGAAAAAUCAAAAACCAAUAUGAUUUUUUCAUAUCUUGACUAGUGCAGUCUAACAAUCAUUCUUUCCUUGUCAUAUCAUCCAAUAAGUAUCCACAGAUCUAGGGUCUUUUCCGAACUACCCCUUUUCCUUCACCCUUCAAGCCCUUCUGCCAGAAGGAGAAGAAGCCACAGGCUCCAAAAUAUUGCAGGCUGUAAUACCUUUACACGUGUGUUCUCCUAUUGCCUGUUAGUUAGUAGAUUUUUUUAUGUAUCCGGUUACAUUAUAUUUCCAAAAAUUGAUUAUUUUUGUUGACAUCUUAAAAUACUCUAUAUUCUGUAUCAUUUGCUUUCAAUUCAUUUUCAGGAAAUAAUCAUCUAGAGUUUUUCUGUUUCUGUUCUACAUUCACAUUCAUGAUGACCCAGUUGUUAUCUUCUAGAGUGUGAAACAUCAUUAUAGUCAAACAAAUUUUCUCUUGCAUCCUCGAAUAACACAUCAGCCUGUUUAGUAUGAGUGGUAAAACGUGAUAUAUGCAUAACAGUUUAUUCCAGGUGAAAAUAAUCAAUCUAAUUACAACGGAAUAUGCAGAUCUUUUGGUCUUUAACAUUGCUGAACAUCUGUCACUACUCAUUAACUAUUGUAACCACUGUUCUGCUACCCCAGCGUAUUUAAAAGCAACUUUCUGAGUCACAACAACAUUGUAUUAAUAAAUAUGCGAUUGCAUUAUUAGUAGUCUGCCCUCUCAUCUUUCAGUACAGCAGUGCAUUAAAUGAACACAAUGGCAGUUACAGAAUAUGCAUCAAAUACGAGAUAAGACACACUACAUUACAAUUAAGUGCUGCCAUUUUGUAAGUGUGCACUUAUGGAUACAGCUGUGUAUCGAACACAUUGCAGCAUUGAAGGAAUGGGAUAAAAAUGCUUUACGACCUAAUUAUUUCUGAUCAUUUUCUUUGACUUUUAUCACAUUAUAAGAAAAGUUGUACUGUAGUCUGCAUGACAGAUACCUUUAAACUAUAGAUCAAUGAUGACGAGCUGCCACACCUUGCCUACUUGGCACAAAUAAUUUAAAAUUAUUUUUUACACUAAUAAUUUUGUAACACAUGUACACUAGUUAAGCUUGACACUGCCAUUAUUGUGCAAAACAGAAGUAGUGUAAUUCCUAAUACCAUUCAGUUUCCAAUGUUACCAUUGUAAGGUCAGCGUAAAGUUAUUAAUGUUCUUAUUACUUGCACUUUAUUUAUUAUAGUAGGAUAUACAAAAAUGAAGAGCGGUGAAAUGACAUUGUUCCUCUUAGUGUAAUGGGUUUGCCUUCUAUAGUAAGACUGUUGUGUCACGAAAGGGAGAUAAGAUGGCAAAAUUUGAACAAAUAAAUUAUCACAAUAUCAUUGGUAGCCCAGACAAAUUAAUGUUCUUUGAAACACAUUAGUAACACUUUCCAGUGUUUUGAUAUUACUCAAUGACUGAUAUUCUAAAUAUAUUAUACAUAUAAUGUCUUCCCUUUUUACCUGUUAGUACUCAUAUUCGGUUCCCAAUUUUUCGGUAAUUUGUCAUAAGGCUUUCGUGUAAGGAACUAAAUAAUCACUUGCUUUGUUAUACAUCUUAAGGAGGAACGACAAGUAAGAGUAAUCUGUGAUGCCUUUAACAUUUCUUCUUACAUUUGAUUAGUACUGUUGGUGUUGAGGCCCGAAUUGUUUGAGCUCACAGUUAACAUUUACUUCGGUGUAAUAAUGUUUGUGUUACAUUUGGUGUUCACAUUAAAUAGUAAUUAUUUAAUGUAUGGGCCUGUAUGUCACUUUUGAAAUUGAUUGGUGCUAGUUUGUAAGAUGACGACUGAUGACAAAGUGAAAAUGAUGUUUUGGGAAUCAACGGCUGCUUGGUCAGACUUUUAUAGCUUUCUAAAAUUAAUAGCUUUGUUAAGAAUAUAAAAGUGUUAAGUAAUUUUAGUGUUAUAUGUAUGCAUGACUCUACUGUAAUUUGAACAGUAAACUAUUGAUACAAAA